UUGGAGCUGAGGAGCGGAUAUGUCCACCCUGGGCUGGUGGCGCCACAGGGCGCCGGGGGCCGUGUGGGCGCACUAACCAGUGCGCAGGCUGCACCUCGUUGGCCAUCAGGCUUGGGGCUGUGUGCGGUGAGCUCUGCCUUCUCGAACUUCUCCCCUUUUCAGAGACGACUGGCAAGAGGAAAAGGGACUAGAUCCAAACACUAGGUGGCUGAGUCCAGGACCCUGGCAUUUUGACUCUGUUCCUGUGCAGAGUGGCUUGUUCUGAAGUUCCAGAAAGGACCCUGUUCCCACACAGGUCCCUGAAUACUGACUGUCACAGGCUGCUGCGUCUUUCCUGUUGACUCAUUUUGGUUGCUCCACUGAAAAUUUUACUUAGAGAAAUGCUGCCUCCAAAGUACUUUUCCGCCAACAAACCCAGGAAGUCUUGGGCCCCAGAUCUGUAUGAGCUAGACAGUGACUUGUCUCAGGAGCCGGAUGCCAUCAUAGGAGAAGGCGCCACUGACUCUGAAUUCUUUCAUCAGAGGUUUCGGAAUUUCCUCUACGUGGAAUUUGUUGGGCCUCGGAAGACCCUGAUCAAACUCCGAAACCUCUGCCUCGACUGGUUGCAGCCGGAGACUCACACCAAGGAGGAGAUUGUCGAGCUCUUGGUCCUUGAGCAAUACCUGACCAUCCUCCCAGAAAGGAUCAAGCCUUGGGUGCAAGCAAAAAGGCCGCAGACCUGCGAAAAGCUUGUUACUCUGCUGGAAAGUUACAAGGAGAUGUAUGAGCCAGAAGACAACAGUAGUGACAUCCACAGUGAAGACAGCAUGAGCCGGAAUGGAGCCGAGUCCCCCCCACCACGCUCUGCCUAUUUCUACAGAGACCGGGACCGGGACUGGGACCAGGACUGGGAUCGUAACCGAGACCGGGAUUGGGAUCGUGACCGAGACUGGGACUGGGACCGGGACCGGGAUCGGGACUGGGAUCGGGAUCGAGACCGGGACCGGGACCGGGACUGGGACCGAGGCCGAGCCUGGGAACGGGGCCGGGCCUGGGAACGGGGCCGGGCCUGGGAGAGAGCUCGGAUGAGGGAGCGGGAUCGCAGAGGCAGAAGCAGGGACCUGGGGUUUCGAGAGCGCUGGCCUUACAACAGGAUUCCCAGAAGCAGAUUUCCUCACCGGGAUCUUUCCCUUCCUGUGAUGGAGAAAAAUUUUGCGAUGGAAAGAGGCCACAGACGUAGAAGCUUUAUGAUGGAUUAUGAGCUGCGAUCCCAGGAUACUGUGUCAUACCAGGAUGUUGUGGACCUCACUGAGGACAGGAGGACUCAGAAUGCAGUUCAGGACAACAUGGAGAACUACAGAAAGCUGCUUUCGCUGGGGGUUCAGCUUGCCGAAGAUGAUGGCCACUCCCACAUGACACAAGGCCAUUCAAGGUCAAAGAGAAGUGCCUACCCAAGAACCAGUCGAGGUCUGAAAAAUAUGCCUGAAGCCAAAAAGUCAACUCAUCGCCGGGGAAUUUGUGAAGAUGAGUCUUCUCAUGGGGUGAUAAUGGAAAAAUUCAUCAAGGACGGUUCACGAAACCCUAAAUCCGCAAGGGCAAGGGAAUCUAAUGACCGGUCACCGAGAUUUCCCAGAAGGCCAGACCAUGAUUGGAAAGAACUGUCCUUCAACAAGAGGGAGUCAGUGAUUCAGGAGAGGGGCUGUGAAGGGAAUGCCUUUGCGGGAGGCUUUAAUUGUAACUCUAACCUUGUUUCCAAAAAGAGAGUUCUUGAAAGAAAAAGGCGCUAUCAAUUUGAUGCAGAUGGGCAGGGUUCCAUUCAUGAUCAGAGAGGCUGUCCCCGGAAGAGACCCUUUGAAUGUAGUGAAAUGAGAAAAGCCAUGGGCGUGAGUAGCCUCGGCUCCCCCUCCGCCGAGUUGCAGCCGCUUGAUUUUGGGGCAAUGCCUUAUGUGUGUGAUGAGUGUGGGAGGGCUUUUAGUGUGAUCUCUGAGUUUGUCGAACAUCAGAUCAUGCACACUAGAGAGAAUCUCUAUGAGUAUGGUGAAUCCUUUAUUCAUAGUGUGGCCGUCAGUGAAGUUCGGAAAAGUCAGGCUCAAGGGAAAGGCUUUGAAUGUAAGGAGUGUGGGGAAACCUUCAGUAAGAUUGUCGCUCUUGCCGAACAUCAGAAAAUUCACACUAGAGAGUAUCUCACAGAAUGUAAUGAUGAGGAAUAUGAGGAGCCCUUCAUGCCUAGUCCCACCUUCAGUGAGCUUCAGAAAAUAUACGGGAAAGAUAAAUUCUAUGAGUGUAAGGUGUGUAAGGAAACCUUCCUUCACAGUUCUGCCCUGAUUGAACACCAGAAGAAAACCCAUGGAAGAGAUGACAAAGAUGAUGAACAUGGGGAAGCCUUUAAACCCAGCCCAACUUUCAGUGAGCUUCAGAAAAUGUAUGCUAAAGAGAAAAUGUACGAGUGUAAGGUGUGUGGGGAGACCUUCCGUCACAGCUCAUCUCUGAAAGAACAUCAGAAGGUUCACACUAGAGCAAACCUGUUUGAAAACAAGGGUAAAGUGUGUGAGGAAACCUUUAUUCCUGGUCAGUCCCUUAAAAAGCGGCAGAAAAUUUUCUCAAAGGAGAAGCUCUAUGACUUUAAAGAUGGUGGGGGUGCCUUUAGGCAAAGCUCAAACCUCAAUCAGCAUCACAAAGUUCAUUCUUGGAAGAACCUCUGUGAAAGCAAGGGGUAUGAGAAGUCUGUCAUUCACAGUGUGCCAUUCACUGAGUCUCGGAAGAGUCAUACUAUUACAAGACCACCUGAAAAUGAAGACGAGAAGGCAUUCACCAUCAGCUCUAACCCUGAUGACAACCAGAAUUCUCCCACUAAAGAAAAUGUCAGUGAGAGGAAACCAAAUGAGAGGUCUGUUAUUCAUAGCUUAGCAUUUGCUGAAGCUCAGAAAUAUCACAGUGCAAUGGGGCCCAAUAAACCAAAAGUGAUUGCAGAGUCUACCAUUCAGAGCUCAAAUGUUAUUGAACAGAAAGUUCGUGCUGAAGAGAUGAUCUCUGAAGGAAAGAAGUAUGAGAGGUCUGUUAUCCAUAGCUUAGCCACUUUCAAACUUCCCAAAAGUUGCAGUGAAAAUGAAUGUAAUGAGAAGGGAGAAUCCUCCAUUUACCUCUCAGAUCUCCAUGAUAAGCAACAAAAAACUCUGGCCAGAGUGAACCCUGAUGGAGAGGGCAAGAAUAACAACUUCAAGGACUCUGUUAUACGCAGUGUAUCCCAGACUGGACCUCCAAAAAGUCUUGCUGGAGAGGGAGCCAUUGAGUUUAAGAAGGAUGGCCAAUCAUCUGUUUCCAACUCAAAUGUUCGUGAAUAUCAGAAGGCUCGUGCUAAGAAGAAAAACAUUGAGCGCAAGAACUGUGAGACCUCAGUAAUUCACUCGCUACAUUUUGGUGAACCUCAAACAUUUCGCCCUAGAGAGAAAUUCUAUGAAUGUUCGGAGUGUGGAGAGUCCUUUUUUCGUAGCUCUGACCUCACUGAGCAUCAAAAGAUCCAUCAUAGAAAGAGGCCUUCUGGAAGCAGAAACUAUGAACGGUCUGUUAUUUGCAGCUUAGCCUUCUCUGACCCUCAGACAAGUUAUGCUGAAGAGCCAAUGGGGAUGACUUGCAUUCAGCAGCCAGUGGAAGCGAGUUACUUUGAACAGCUACUGGGGAUGACUUGCAUUCAGCAGCCAGUGCAGAAGAGUUAUGCUGAGCAACCAGUGGGGAUGACUUGCAUUCAGCAGCCAGUGCAGAAGAGUUACACUGAACAGCCAGUGGGGAUGACUUGCAUUCAGCAGCCAGUGCAGAAGAGUUAUGCUGAACAGCCAGUGGGGAUGACUUGCAUUCAGCAGCCAGUGCAGAUGAGUUAUGCUGAACAGCCAGGGGUGAUUAGUUAUAUUGAACAGCCAGUACAGGCAAGUUAUGCUGUACAGUCAGCACAGACAAGCUAUGCUCAACAGCUGGCGCAGACAGAUUACACUCAACAGCCAGUGCAGACCAGUCAUGCUGAACAGUCAGUGCAGCAAGAAUGUCAGGAUUGUGGGCAGUGCUUUGCUACCGUUGAGGACCUUGGUGCACAUCAGAAAAUCUAUACCCAAGAGGAGUUCCAUGGAGAGUCUGUUAUUCAGGGUGUAGGCCUUGAAGGGCCUGAACAAGAAGAACCUGAGGAGGAUGAGGAUGACGAGGAGGAUGAGGAUGAGGAUUCUGAGGACUCAAUCUAUGGAUGUAAGGACUGUGGGCUGGGCUUUGCAGAUCGCGCAGACCUUAAGGACCAUCAGAAAGUUCACGGCAGAGAGUAUCUCAUUGACACUCGUGAGUACACGCAUUCUGUAAUUCACACCCAUUCCAUCAGUGAAUAUCAGAGAGAUAACACUGGAGAGCAGCUCUUUGAAUGCCCAGCAUGUGGGGAGUCUUUUGUUCAUAGCUCAUUUCUUUUUGAGCAUCAGAAAGUCCACGAGCAAGAUCCAUAUUAUGGCCAUAGGAGGUAUGAUGAGCCUUUUAUGCAACCUUUCAUCUUUAACCCACAGAGGCUUCAUGCCCCACCAAAGAAUCCUAUGAAUCCUUCUACAGGGAUGUAUCUUCAAUGCCAUGUGUGUGGACAAGACUUCAUUCAUGGAUCUGUCUUUAAUGAACAUCUGGAACUUCACAUGGGAGAGGAUUCACUGGAACAGGGCCAGAGAAGUGACAACAUUGUCAGUGCAGGCUUAGCCCUCACUGAGUUCCAGAGAAGUCAGGCCGAAGAGAAGCACUAUGAAUGUGAAACGUGUGGAGAAUCCUUCCUCAGUCAGUCAGACCUGAGGGAUCACAUGAGAAUUCAUGAGAAGGAUGAGCCCUAUGAUUAUGGCGCUUCCUUUGUCCACACCUCAUUUCUUACUGAACCCCCCAGACGAGAUUCUCCAUUCUUUGAGUGCAAGGACUGUGGGAAGUCCUUUAUUCACAACACAGUUCUCACUAAACAUCAGAAGUUCCAUGUUGAAGAGGAAGAAGCAGCAGCCCAGGAAGUUGAAGCCAAUGUUCUCGUUCCACGAGAAGUUCUGCGGAUCCAGGGGUCAAAUGUGGAAGCUGCUGAGCCGGAGGUGGAGGCUGCCGAACCGGAGGUGGAGGCUGCUGAGCCCAAUGUGGAGGCUGCUGAGCCCAAUGGAGAGGCUGAAGGGCCGGAUGGGGAGGCUGCAGAGCCAAAUGGGGAGGCCGAGCAGCCCAAUGGGGAGGCCGAGCAGCCCAAUGGGGAUGCUGAUGAACCAGAUGGUGCAGGGAUUGAAGACCCUGAAGAAAGAGCUGAAGAGCCAGAGGGAAAGGCUGAAGAGCCAGAGGGAGACGCUGAUGAGCCAGAUGGUGCAGGGAUCGAAGACCCAGAAGAAGAAGGUGAAGAUCAAGAGAUUCAGGUUGAAGAACCAUAUUAUGACUGCAGGGAAUGUGGAGAAACCUUCACUACCAACUCAGCCUAUGGUGAGCACCUGAAGACUCAUGCCAGGGUGAUAAUAUUUGAAUCUGGAAAUGUCUAUGGGGAAAGCUCACGCUACACUGAACAUGCCAGCACCAGCACCAGCGACAGCGAUAGGGCUGAUGACAAGUACUUCAAGUGUGAUGUCUGUGGGCAACUCUUCGUUGAUCGCCUGUCCCUCGCUAGACACCAGAAUACCCAUACUGGCUGAGAGCACAAGUAUAAAGAUUGGCAAUGCAACCUGACCCUCACAGAGAAUUCAAACCAACCCAUAAUGUAAGAAGGAAACUUAACCUUGGCAUGUACACACUGACUUUUAACAUCAGACAACUUGGACUGGAAAGGAAUUGAGUGAAGUUGGUAGAGGUUCAAUUGGUCUUAACUCUUCCCCCAUCUUACACCAGUAUGUGUGGGUGGGGAAGCCCCAGCACAUACCUUACCUUUCAUCCAUGUAGUCAGAUUGAGGGAAAGUCCUAGGAGAUUCUGAGACUACAGAAAUAGCUCCAACCACCUGUAAAUGACAUUUCUGUAAUCUAUAUAUAAUUUCCCUGAGAUGUAUAUAAAAUAGCAAAUUAUAGCAAACAGUAAUCAUGAAUAUUUGGAUUUAAUGAUAUAUAGUUACAGUUUACUGUGCAGAGGUACCUUUAUUGGUACGCUUUGAUUUUUUUGGAGGAGGAAAUGAGCAACAAAUUAGAAUAUAUUUGUAAGCAUCUUAGGUUCUGUGAAAGAUUUAUUGUGUAUUAUUUUAACCCCUUCAGUAUCUUUCUGAGUAAUUGUGUGUUGUUCCUUACUCUUAAAUAUUCCUGUAAAGGUGUAGGCGUGAAAGAGAAAAUGUCUUUUACUCUGCUGUUUGAAGAGAGAAGUGCUUUGAGCUUCCUUUUCAGCCAUCUUGUCUACACCAACACUUUGGAGCCUAAUGCUACACAAGCCUUUGCAAUGUGUGGAUUGACCUUUUCUGACCCAAGUUGAUCCGUUGCCAUAUUGUACCUUGCAGUGAUUUUCAUGCAAAAAUACUACAGGUUUUUUUGUUUGUUUAACCAAUUUAACGUGUGUUCAAUAGUGAAUUCACAAAAGCUGAAGCUUUUCCCUGUAAAUCGCACUUCUUUGCCUUUACAAGAGUGGGUUGCAACCAUCACUAGAUCACGAGAGUGCCUAAUGAAGGUUGAGAACCGUAGGGAGAGGCUCUCACAUUGUAAAUAAGGAUGCAGGUGACAACUUCCAUCGCUUUUGUGCGCUUCCUGCCUUAAGUGACAAGUAGCAACGUGGCUUCGUUACUAUGUGCUGCCACACAUUGGUUUGCACCUGGGUGCCCAGGAGCUGGUAUUCUUAGAGCUUUCUAUUGCUGAACUUAAUUCUUGUCUUCACCUGUCUGACCCUCAACCCUAUGUCUGACUUGCAUUGAAAAAAAAGAAAAGCUUUCUUUACAGUCAACCCAAGCUUAACAUGGACUCAGGUUCCCCAGCAGCCUUAAUUUGUUUUGUUACCAAUCUGUUUUUUUCUCUUUCAGACCUCCUAAGUAUUUCUGAGCUCUCUAUUCGUGACUUGUUGGUCUGAUUGCCUCAGUUGUUCAUUCAUCACAAAUUGACCUCAUAGCUUGCGGUUUCCUGUGUCUUGUUCUGUGGACCACCUGUGCUCCUUUUGCUUCCCCUCCCCUCGCGUAAUGACUAUUGAGACAAUUUUUUGGCUUUGAGUUGGCUGGAAACUAGUUUUAAAAUUAAAAAAAAGUUUUUUAAGUGGAUCUGUAGAAGUGAGCAAAAGCUAAGAGCAGAUCAUUUGAGAAAGAAAAUGACAAUAUUUCUUGGGGAAUGUGCCCAAAUCUCACUCUCCUAGAUCUGCAUGGUUAGGGCUCGAGGAGUGUGUCAGAGCUGCUGGGAAUGCCGAAGUCCAGGAAGCUUGUUGGACUGAGGGCAUGGAGCACAGAUGAGUAAGCCAAAGAAAGGAGCCCUAACAGCAGCAGAUCUAGGAGGGUGAGGAAGCAGACAGAAGGAAACAUCAGAAAUGAAUUGGAAGUCCAGGUCAGUGAGAAUAUGUCCUGGGCAGUUCAGAAGGGGCCAUUUUGAUGGCACAGUGUAGGUGAAGGCCAGCUGCAUCAAAAGGCUGGAGGUUGGAAUGGACAUCUGGGAAAAUGGGAACAGGCACUGCAACCAAGCAGGGCCCUUGAGACUGGAACCAUUGCUGAUGGUGGGGUGAACUUGGAUUCAUCACUGUUGGCAGUGUCAGCUGGUAGAACCUUCCCGGAAAGCAGCUUGCCAAAUGUCAGGGUGUCCAUUCCAACCUUGUAUUAGUGAAACAUUAGGAACAACUUCAAUGCCAAACAAUAGAAUGAUUAAGUGAACGUAUCUGUGAUUCUUAUGCAGCUGUUUAAUAAUGAUAAUCAUAAAGAGUUAUGUAGUAAUGUGGAAAUAUAUUUACAGAAUAUUAAGUGGAAAAAGCAGGACACAGAAUUAUAUUUAUACUACAAUUAUAACUGUUUAAAAUGUAUGCUUAUAGUCAACAGCUGUUGUGUUGUUGUUGUUGUAGGCUUAUAGUUGAGCAUUAUUUUUCUUAAAUUCCUUGAUGUUCUUUAUGGUAGUGUUACUAAAAAGUUUAUAGUCAUGUCUCCAUUGUGAACAUAAUUUGAACUCAUCAUCAGACACUUGGAAAAUAAAAGUGGAGGAAAGAAACCCCAUAUUCCCACCCUCCAAAGACAGAUACACUCUUUAGUAUAUUGUUUUCUUAUUUCUGUGCACAGGUUUAUGAUUAUAACAGAGUCCAAGUGUGUAUUCAAAAUUGCUGUUAUGUUUGUGGAAUUAGGUUGAACACUCUUCAUCUUAAUGUUUUCAAACACACGUUCCUUACUAAUUGUGUGCUAAUAACAGUGUAUUGCGUGUGUUUCCAUAUACCCAGAGGAAAAAAAUUGGACAGUACAGUAAAUUAGAAAAGGAAAAAAUAUCACCAAUAUUCCCAACACUCAACAACUGUGAACAUCUUAAUUUGUUUCCUCCAUCUUGUUUCAAUGCACAAGCUUGUGAUGAGUGUUGAAUGUGUAUGCAUAAAGUCUAAGGUGAGAUGAAGUAUGGAAAAUCAUUAAAAUAGUGUUGUCGUUGUGGGAUUAUGGUUAAAUAUUUUGUCUCAAAUUCCUUGAAUAACCUUUGGUGUUUUGGUAUUAAAUCUUAUGUAUGUAUUUUCCCAUUACAAAUAUGAUACAUACUCAUAGCAAGCUUUGGGAAAUUCAGUAGAAGAAAAAUUCACCCAUAUUCCCAGCACCUAACAAUAGCUCCUAUUAACAUCUGUCUGUACACCAGUCUGUGAUUGUUAGGGUGUUAAUGAUAAGUAUGCAUAGGGUCAAAGAUGGGAAGAAAUGUGGAAAACAAUUAAAUAGUUGUGUGGUUGUGGGAUUACGGUUAAAUAUUUUGUCUUGGUUUCCUUGAAUGAUCUUUAUCAUAGUGUUUUGGUAAUCCACCUUUAUUACAUAUAUUUCCAUUAUAAACACAGAAUGUGUUCAUUAUAGAAACUUUGAAGUUGCAGAAAUGUAGAAGAGAAACUCACCCAUAUUUUCAUCAUCCAAAGACUGUGAUUAACAUCUUGAUAUAUUUUUUUCAUCUUGUUUCUGUGCACAGGUUUUUGGUUUGUUAAUAUGGUUGUGGUCGUUAUAUCUAUCUGUAAUAGUGUCAACAAUAAAAAUAAAGUUAAAAAUAA